AUGGCUUCUCCAUUGGUGGACACCACCGCCGCCACGGCACUCGAGCUGAAUCGACUCGCGCAAGCCAAAUGGAAAUUGGAUGAUUAUGCGGCUCGGAAGAGGGAACUCAUGGCAGAAGUCGCUGAUUUUAGAGCCACUGAGAACUUUGUGCGCGAACUCCAGAGCACGAUCGAGGAGUUGAAUCGAGAAAAAGAGGAGCACUCGGAGAUCAUUCAAAUGAUCAAUCAAGAUAAAGUCGAGCUCGAGAAAGAGAUGGAUUCGAUGAGAUCCGAGCAAAGAGAAAUCGAGAAUCGACUGGCGACAAAAUAUGAUAAUUUGAUGAGAAUCAUGGAGCAAUCGAACGAGCGAAUCCGUGACAGUGGGCUGGGCGAGGGAACUGAGUUGAGUCCCGGGGAUUUGCCCGCAAAUAUUCCAAGAGAGAUCACUUCCCGUCCACCUCCAUCUCCACUUCGAGUCAUCAAUCCGAUCCUCGCUCAACACAUGAUUAAUUUUGAUCAAAUGUUGCUCGGUCGUAGCGCUUUCGGGGCUCGUCCCACUCCACUUCCAUUGCCUCCACAUUUGGCAAAGAGUGAACAUCAGAGUCCACCGAUGAAGACUUGCCAAUCGUGCUUCCAACAAAUCCACCGAAAUGCUCCGAUUUGCCCGAUGUGCAAGAGCAAAAAUGAGCGCACAAAUGAGAGAUGGAUUCUCAAAUUCCACCUUGAAAACGUCACCGUCACGAGACGCAAAUAUCCCGAGAGAAUUUGUAAUGGCACGCAGGGCAUGAGCAUUGAGUUGGGAUGUGUGUGUACGUUGUGUAGAAAACCAAAACUACCAAAGGCUCUAAAUCGAAACCAAAAGACUUUAGCAUUGAGAAAUCGACGACGCUCAGAACGCAAACGGGAG